AUUCCAUGCUGUGCUCAAAGGAACACUUAUCAUAGUGGUAUCCCCUGAAUCCCUUUUAGCCCAUCUUUGAUUCUAAUAUUUGCUUUCCAUUCCCCAUAUUUCUAUAUAUCCCCCCUUUUUUUUCCUUUUAUCUUACAAACAAAUCAUGGAUUUACAAGAUAUUGCUCAGUCACUAGAACUUGGAUUCCCCAGUAGCAAUAUUGAAAUGAUACCCUUGCAACCACCACUCCACAACUCUAAUUACCUAAUGACUUCUCCUCCAUCUAAUUUCUCAUUCAUGGGCAAUCCGAUUGAAGAUCCUGCCGCGGUGCCAAUUCUUUCAUCGAUCGAUGAAAUUAUUGCAUCUGCUCAUGGUAAUGGAAAUGAUUACUCAUGUUUACAGAGGAGAAAUUCUAUGGAGGCCAUGAGGGAGAUGAUUUUUCGUAUCGCGGUGAUGCAGCCGAUUCACAUUGAUCCGGAAUCAGUUAAACCUCCCAAGAGGAAAAAUGUUAAGAUAUCGAAGGAUCCACAGAGUGUGGCUGCGAGGCAUCGGAGGGAACGAAUAAGCGAAAGGAUAAGGAUUUUGCAAAGACUAGUCCCUGGAGGAACCAAAAUGGAUACAGCUUCAAUGUUAGAUGAGGCUGUACAUUAUGUUAAGUUUUUAAAGAAGCAACUUCAAUCGUUAGAGCAAGCGGCGGUUAAUAAUAGGCCUAUGGUUGCUGGAUUUUUGACAGCAAUGUCGUCGCCAGGGCCAAUGAAUUAUAAUUCAAGCUCUAUCAGGGCAUGCCAGCCUCAUCCAUCCAUGAACUCUAGUGCACAAAUGCUUAGUUAAAAUAAAAUGAAAUAACAUAUCUACGCGGCGUCAUGAUCGUGCUAAUUUAUGAGUACUUUUUGUAAAGAUUUGGCUAAAUGGUGUGUGUUACUUUAAUUUCCCCGUCAUCCCUCAACCCCAACAAGGCUACUCUUAUGUUUCUCUUGUGUUUGUACCGAAUCUCAAUUUGUGCGAUGUUAACUUUUACGCAAGGACUAUGCUAAUUUUUUUUCUGUAUCGUUCCAAUUUUAUUGGAUGUCUCAUAAAGGGACUAGGUUCAUCUUGUGUUUGUAAUUCCAUGUCUUGCGCUAGAAGCAACGCAAAUGGUAAGCAGAC